AUGCGUCCUUGUGUUGUUAUGAUUUUCUCACUUCUCGUGGUCUUUCUUGAGGCAACAACUGACAACCAGUUGCCAGCAGUGGGUGAUGGAGGAGGAGGAGAUGAUAAUGGUGUUACCACGAACAAGUGUUUGGAUAAGGAGAGAGAUGCUCUCCUUCAAUUCAAAGCAAACCUUCAUGACCCUGAUGGUAGUCUCUCUACGUGGAGACCUGAAGAAGAUGACUGCUGUGCAUGGGAAGGAGUCACCUGCGACGACAAAACAGGUUAUCAUGUCACACAACUUAAUACCAACUCCGCUGGUCUUGUAGGUGAGAUUAGCCAUUCAUUGGUUAACUUAACCUACUUGAAUCUUCUUGAUCUUUCCUCCAAUUCUUUUCAUGGAAACAUUCCUAGGUCCAUUGGUUCCUUGGCCGAAUUAAGGUACCUUGACCUCUCAGGUAAUUCUUUUUAUGGAACCAUUCCUCCGGAGAUUGGAAAUCUCACCAACUUGCAAGAGCUUUCUCUUGGUUCUGUUGGAAGAUGUAGAGUUGAGAACCUUGACUGGUUGUCUCAUCUCUCUCAUUUGGAGAAACUUGCUUUGGAUGGGAUUUCCCUAGCCAAAGAAAACCAGUGGGUAGAUGUAGUUUUGAGUCUGCGGAACCUAUCAUCUUUAAGUUUAGAUGGAUGUGAGCUCUCACAGGUCGUGUAUCCAUAUUCUUCUUCAUUUCUCAACUCUUCAUCUUCAUCUAUUUCUUUCCUUUCUCUCAGAAACAACAAUCUCAACUCAUCCAUGUAUGGUUGGUUGUCCCCAUUGACCAGUGAUAAGCUUCGUCGUCUUGAUCUCUCUAGCAACAUGUUAGAUGGGAUACCCAAAUAUCUUGGUAACCUCUCUAGUUUGGAAGCUUUGACACUCGAUUACAACUCUGCUGUUGUCAGAUUUCCUGAUUUUCUCAAAAACUUGUCAUCUGGAUGCACAUCGCUUACAUUACAAUACUUGUAUGCUCAAACAAGCCAAUUUACAGGGUCAUUGCCGGAUUGCAUCCAAAACUUUUCAUCCCUAUCAUAUCUGUACCUAUCUAAUAAUCACAUGAAUGGAACCAUAAGUGAGAAAUUGUGGGAACUAUCCAGCCUUGAAGAGAUUGACCUUUCUCAAAAUCAUCUUAGUGGUGCCAUCUCUGAAAACAUUGCAAAGUCGAAGGCUUCUAUAAUAAAUCUUUCGAAAAACCCACUCCAAGGAGUUCCUUACACAAAUCAUAUGUCAAACCUUUCUUAUUUAGACUAUAUUAGUCUGAGCUCUUGCAAGCUAGGUCCUCACUUCCCCAAAUGGAUUCAAAAACUGGAAAAGCUUACCGGUCUUGAUAUUUCCAAUUCUAGAAUUUCAGACAUAGUUCCUCCAGAAUUUUGGGACAUGCAAUUUAGCUAUUUAAAUCUCUCUUCCAACAACAUCAGUGGUGAAAUACCAUAUUUGUCAUCAAGUUAUGGAGGCAGUACAAUGAUAGAUUUGAGCUCCAACAGCUUUAACGGUCCAAUACCGCAUCUUCCUUCCAGUUUGGAAUUGUUAAAUCUUUCCAGAAACAAAUUUUCUGGGGGAAUCUCCUCCUUAUGCCAAAUUGUCGAUGGGUUUUUGCAAUUUCUUGAUCUCUCCCAUAACUCUCUAACGGGACAAAUUCCAGACUGUUUGUGGCAUUUCAAAGAGCUAAAAGUUCUUAACCUAGGACACAACAGUCUAUUUGGAAAGCUUCCUACCUCUUUUAAGUCUUUAAUCAAACUCGAGGCAUUGUAUCUAUACGAGAAUGACUUUUCUGGAGAAUUUCCUUUGUCUUUAAAGAAUUGCACGAGUUUAACAUCAUUGAAUUUGGGGGCCAACAAGUUUUCUGGUAAAGUUCCUGUUUGGAUUGGGGAAAAUUUAUCAAGGUUGUAUGUUCUGGUCCUAAGAUCAAACAAAUUCCUCGGAACUAUCCCUUUACAAGUAUGUCAAUUACCGAAUCUUCAAAUUUUAGACUUUUCAAGGAACAAUCUCCAUGGAAGCAUCCCCUCAUGUUUGAAUAAUCUUACAAGAAUGGCUCAAAAAGGAUUCUUACCGCUACCAAACGUACAUCCCUAUUCUGCAACUCAAUAUUUCAAUAAUAUAUAUUCUAUUCAUCCAUAUCGCACUUAUUUGGAGUAUGUUGAUCAUGCGAUGAUCGAGUGGCAAGGAAGUGAGCGUGAAUUCACCCGUAAUCUGGGAUUGUUGAAGAGCAUUGACAUGUCAAGCAACAAUUUAACAGGACAUAUCCCAUAUGAACUCGCCAAUCUCCAUGAACUGCUUGCCCUGAACUUGUCAAAGAACGCUCUGAUCGGAGAGAUUCCACAGCAAGUUGGUCAGAUGAACAACCUUUUAGCUUUGGACUUAUCUGGAAACCAUUUAUCAGGAGGGAUACCAACCAGCAUGUCUCAAAUGACUUCAUUGUGUUACCUAGACGUGUCAUGUAAUAACUUGUCAGGGAGAAUCCCAUCCAGCACUCAAUUCCAAUCCUUUCAACCUUCAAGCUACAAUGGAAAUGCAGGACUGUGUGGACCUCCCCUUUCCGGAAAAUGUCCAGGAGAUGAAGAAUUAUUAGUUGGUAAAAGCGAUGGUGACUGGGAAGACAUGGAUGAGUUUUGGGGGUGGUUCUAUAUUGGUGGAGGAACUGGUUUUGUUACUGGAUUUUGGAUAGUAUGUGGCACACUACUUUUCAACCGUCGUGUGAGACAUGCAUUUUUUCAGUUUUUUGAUAACUUCAAAGAUUGGGUUUAUGUGAAGAUGGUGGUGUUCAUUGCAAAAUUGCGGAGGAUUGUGCAUAAGUAG